UCGUGAAGCAAGUUGUCGUCGCCUUGUUUUUCUCUGAGGAUUAAAACUAGAAACUUUUUUUAUUGACUUGUGCACUUGUGACAUUUAAUGAUGAACUUGCUUUUCUUCUUUCUCCUAGUUGUACAAACACACAGCGUGACGCCUGUGAUUCAUUCACUCAAGUAUUUCACCACUGCAUCCUCUCAAGUUCCAAACUUCCCAGAGUUUGUGAGUGUUGGUUAUGUUGAUGAAGUUGAGAUUAGUUACUAUGACAACAACAUCAGGAAAGCAGAAUCCAAACAGGACUGGAUGAACAAAAUCACAGCAGAGGAUCCAAACUACUGGCAGAUACAAACAGAGAACAAUGUUGUUAAUGAACAUCUCUCCAAAGACAACAUUGAAAAAGCCAAGAAGCGUUUCAACCAAACUGGAGGUGUUCACACUUUCCAGGUGAUGUCAGGAUGUGAAUGGAAUGAUGAGACUGAUGAGGUUAAAGGUUGGCAUCAGAUCAGUUAUGAUGGAGAAGAUUUCAUAUCGUUGGACAUGAAAACAUGGACAUGGACUGCAGCAAAACAACAAGCUUUCCCCACCAAACUCAAGUGGGACCAAGACAUACUUUAUCUAGACUACCAUAAGUAUUAUUACACUGAGCGUUGUCCUUCUUACUUGAAGAAGUAUGUGGAGUAUGGGAAGAAGGUCCUAAUGAGAACAGAGCUUCCAGAGGUGUUCCUCCUCCAGAAGACGCCAUCCUCUCCGGUCAGCUGCAUGGCGACAGGUUUCUACCCCGACCGAGCCGACUUGUUUUGGAGGAAAGACGGCGAGCAGAUCUUCGAGGACGUGGAGCACGGAGAGCUGCUCCCCAACCACGACGGAACCUUCCAGAAGUCGGUGGAGCUGAAAUUGGAGGUGACGGCCGAGGUGGAGGGCAAGUACGAAUGUGUGUUCCGGCUGUCUGGCGUUGAGGAGGACCUGGUCACCAAGCUGGAGAGAAGAAGCAUCCUGAGCAACGCAAGCCAUGAAGGCAACGUGAGCCUCACUGCCACGCUGGCGGUCCUCGCUGUGGUGGUCCUCUUGAUCAUCAUCAUCAUCUUCAUCAUCAAGCAUCGCCAAAGCAGACAAAUCAAGUACAAUCCAGCUGGUAAGUAA